AUGUUGACUGCCGUACUGACCGCACUGAUUUUUGCUUCUGCUUUUCGAGAUGCCACACCUGCUAGUCUUUGCCCAUCUGGCUGGACUUUUGCAAAUGAAACAUCCUAUUGCUACAUAGUUUCCGACCGCUACAUGACCUACUCUGAAACCGCUAGUUACUGUCAAUCUCUUGGUGGAUCUCAGGUCUUCGUUUCGCUCUCGAAAGAAUUCACAUUUCUAAACUAUUUCACUGCUGGAUUGUUCGCUCAACCAUGGCUAGCCAUCACAAGAAACGUUACAACCAAUAAGUGGUACAACUCGGAUGGAACUACACCAUUUUCAACAUGGUGGAGUCCAGGAGAGCCAGGACCCAAUGGAGAUUGUGCAACAUUAAGAGGAUCUGAUCCAAGUGGAAUGAAGGCGACACCUUGCUACAGUAUCCAACCAGCAAUGUGUAGACAGAUGCCCGCUUUGUGUCCAACUACAACAAAUUACGGAUCACUGUAUACCCGAUCUGGAACUAUUCAAUCACCAGGCUAUCCCGCGCAGUAUUAUAAUAAUCUGGAUUGUUGGUAUACUAUUACUGCACCCAACAACACUUAUAUCACUCUUCAAUUCAGUCCCUAUUUGGUUGAGCAAACAUUCGAUUACGUGAUGGUUUACGAUGGUCCUAACUCCACUUAUCCAUAUCUUGGAAAAACCGACGAGUACUUGAAUCCCCGUUACGACUUUGAAAGUUCCUCCAACUACGUUUCGUUCAAGUUUCAUACCGAUAGAACAAUCACAAAGAACGGAGUAUACUCUGCACCAAUCAACCAGACCGGUAUUAAUGGAACAUUCACGUCUCCAAACUACCCAAACAACUAUGAUCCGUAUACUGAGCAAUUGUAUUAUAUCACUGCUCCAGAUGGUUUUCAUGUCAACGUUACUAUUGAUGACUUUUUGACAGAAGCUAGAUUUGACGUGUUGGAGAUUUAUAACACGUCUACAGUAAUUGCUAACAAUCUUGUUGCAAACCUCUCUGGUAAUGCCACAGCUCCUUGGUGGUGGGUGUCUCCGGACAAAUUUGUGACAAUGAGAUUCAAAUCAGAUGGAUCGGUUCAGAAAAGAGGAUUCGAAGGAUCUUGGUACAUUCUUUGA